AUGGCAAAUCCUGCCUCCAUGUUUUGCAGUUUCUUAGGUGCUGUUGGUGCUUUACUCCUCCUUGUAGCUCUGAUUAUUUUUAUUCAUGGACAAGUUGAUGGAGGAACCACCAACCAAACAUCCAACAUUGCAGUAAUCAAAGCUAUUAUUAAGGGUGACAACGAAGAGAUCAUUGACUGUUAUGACAUAUAUAAACAGCCGGCCUUCGAUAAUCUCUUGUUCCAGAAUCAUACUAUACAGAUGAAACCGAGUUCAUAUCCUGUAGGAAUGCAGUCAAGUUACCGGGGGACAAUGAAUCUCACACAAUCUUGGCUUAAAUAUGGAACAUGCCCAGAAGGAACUAUUCCUAUAACAAGGUCUAGAAACAGUUAUAAUUCAUCAAAGACUAUGCUUCCGCAUAGACAUGUUUCAUAUAAUGGUCAUGUGCACAGAAGAAAAAACCAAGAAAGUACGAACCAGAGCGACAGUACAAACCAGAACGAGUGUGCAGUAAUAAGUUUCGACUGUGAAGAUUUCCGAGGUGCACAAGCAAAUAUUAGCAUUUGGAAACCAGUGACUGAACCUGAUGAAUUUAGUGCAUCAUUAAUUUGGGUUACUGCGGGUGACGGUACAGAAGCUGUUAGUGCCGGAUGGGAAGUUAACCCAAAAGUGUAUGGCGAUGACGAGCCCAGGCUCUCUGUGUACUGGACUGCUGACGAUUACAAAAGUACAGGUUGCCAUGAUAUCAAGUGCACAGGUUUUGUGCAGAUAGCCUCAAACAUUUCCCUUGGAGCCAGAUUCGAUCCGAUAUCCCUUUAUAACGGCACCCAACACGACGCGUCCUUCAGUAUAUUCCAGGAUCAAUAUACCGGAAACUGGUGGGUGCAAUGGCAAGGUGUUGCCGUGGGAUAUUGGCCUCCGUCUCUUUUCAAGCAAUUAUCUACCAAAGCAACCGGAAUAGAUUUUGGUGGACUGAUAAGAAAUGCAAGAACUCAAGGACGACAUACCACUACUGAUAUGGGUAGUGGUCAUUUUCCUUCGAAAGAGAAUUUUGCAAUAUCAAGUUAUUUUCGUCAAGUUAAAGUAGUUGAUGGAGAUCAUAUAAUCAAAGACCCUGCGGCCGGUUCUAUCUACGUGACAAAUCCAAAUUGCUACGGUCUUUAUGUUGACCCCCUACGUUUAGAUUUUUUUGGUUACAAUUUUUACUAUGGAAGUCCUGGAUUUAGCUCUGCUUGUCAGUAG